AUGCGCACAACACGGCGGACUGAACUCCUGGAGAGGGAAAGAAACCUUGUGCUACAACAACUUUUAGGUACCUCGAGUGGUUCAUCGGAAUUGUCCGCCCGUCCAAAGAAUCUACAGGAUUUUUUUCUUGACCUUUAUCGCAAUGAUAAUAGCAAGGUGGGGAAUGGAAAGGCGGUGGAAGUUACCGAGGCAGAAGGUAAAAAACUUCUUAAUGCGUUGCGAAAUGGCGGAGAGGACGGCAUCGAUACAUUUCUGUCUGGACUAUCAUCGCAUGACCAUGCAUAUGCGACGGCUCUCGGCAAAGAUUUCGAGUGGUUGAGGGAAGAGAAAUUUUCUGAACGAGAAGAUCGGCUGAAAACACAUUUCGUGCGUUUUUAUAGUGAUCACAACAAAAUCGCCAAACGGGGCGCCGAGUUGGAUGUGAUCUGGGGCAGGCGCCUUCUUGCCACACUUUACAAAGGCGAGGUUGAUGAGUACCUAAUGCUGCUUCGAGCAAAAAAUGUCGAGGCGUUUGAGGGCGCCAACAGCAUAGAUAUCGAACGGUUACAAGCGCAACAAGGGUUUGAGAUGUUGGCGCAGGAGAUCGACGUCAGCACCAUAUCAGGUGCGGCACAGGGCCUAUUCAAAAACAGAUUCGUCCGAUUCGUUCGACGUCAUUAUUACGCUGAGCGAGGUAUAAAUCUAGAUGACAGAUCCGUCGUAGUGGAUCUUUUACGGAAGUUAUAUUCCAAGGAUUUGCCCGAUUUUCUUGGCGGAUUCGCAUCGCUCGCUGGAGUCGUAUGCACGCAUCAGCAUGGAGUCUUACCCAAGACAUGUCUGGGGCUCCUGUCCGUGUCUGAGUCCAAAAAGAAGAGAGAUUUCGAAGCUCACUUCAGUGAGAAUGAGGUGGCCGGAUUUUUCGGCAAAAUAGAGGGCUUAAUAAACCUGGACGUGGAAGUUGCCGAAAAGGACUCCGUUCUGGUAACUGACCAUAGCGAACCUGUACAAGCUGCAAACGCAGUCGGUGAUGUUAACUCUGACACGCAGCAUUACCGCGGAACGAGAGGUCGUAAAGACGCAGAAAGCUGCAUAUCUGAUGUCGAAGCACUCCCUCUCGAGCAUGACAGCCAUCAGAGUUCAGGGACAGCAGCUGUUAAUCGUCGUAGACUCGGACGCCAAGGACAAGGGCCGGUUAAGCCCAUUCCACAGCUUGGAACCGGAGAAACGACUAGGGCAAAGACUAGGGCACAGACUAGGGCACUGGAGGCAAAACAAAAAGAGCUGCCAACCCAAGAUGGUAAACUUACCGACCCACACAGGGCUUCGGAGACAGCGUUGGGGAUUGGGGUUGUAGAGAGAGAGCCAGUGCAAGAGACUGUUCAGGACGCAUUCCCAAAGGUCCAUAUCACAGACGAAGCUUCGUCUACUUCUGACCAAGCAAGCAGCAAUGGCCCCAACAGGCGUAAGCGCAAGGUGGAGCAAGGCUCCGUAUCUCCUCCCAAGGAAACGGCGAUCGCGACUCCAUCAACAACGAGGCUUACAAGAGCCAUGAAAGCCAAGCAAGCGGUAGGAGCCGAAAAGUUGCAUGCUGAGAUUAGCGAAAGUAAAACCAUAGACUCGGAUGUUGUCAAGCCUGUCGUUUCCACAAGCUGCGCAAUGAGUGAUGUGCUCGUUCAAAAGGAUUUUGCAGAUAACGACGAAUCUGAGCCUAAUAACCCGACCUUGGUUGCUUCCAGAGAUACUCCUGAAAUUCGCCGGUCAGAACGUUUAGGCCAUACCAACGAAUCUUCCAAACCUUCGUGGGCGAGUCAAGAACAGACUACAAGCAAAGAAUCCUCAGGUCAAAGGUAUUCCUUGCGUCAGCGAGUCCAGAAAGAUGUGGUAACGUCUGGGGGGGCGCAGGUCGUCAAGAACACGUCGUCAGUAGCUCACCCAAGGCAAGCUAAAUCCAUGACGGAUUCUAACUCGACUACGGUGCGGCGGGGCCCCGAAAUGCAACGAGAUCCGCCGCCUAUUGCUCCCCCGAUUGAAUCUGCUCGGGACAGAAGAAUGUCAGAGGAUAUUGGCAAUCUGAUACAGAUGCAACUGGAGGCAUUUAUGGAGGUAGACAGUCCGCCAGUUGAGGAAGCUCGCCCGGAUGUGCCACCUCCCUUUGAUACUGCCGCAAUGCCACCUGCUGAGGACGUGGGGAUGAUAGACUCUCAAAAUACAAGCAGUAUGGUGCCUGAAGACGCGAGGAUACGUGGAGUGACUCAGAAAAAGACCCGAUCUGUGUUGGGAAAAUUGGUCGGCAAUAUCAGAGGGGAGCCCAAGAAAAGGAGCAGCAUUCUGGGCCCGGGGCCUGACGGAGGAAUCAGGAGGAGUGGCAGACUUGCAAAAAAUGCCAAUAAAGCCAAUAAAUCCACAGUCACGGCUAUAGAAAAGGCGCUGAAAGAAGCCGAAAGCACGGGAGGGGAAACUGUGUUAAAUUGUGAUGCCAAGGACAAGGAGGCACCCCCCUUGGAUCAGCAGUUUGACCCGGGCUUUUAUUCUACGCCAAUAGGCAACCCACAUGAACCCCAAAUCGUUGAGGAAACAACUCAUCUAGAAAGUAAUAACAACAUCAUGCCAUCAAGGCUUCGGAACAGGGACGGCGCAAACGGAACAGUACAGAGGGCUACAGCCCGGCCAGUGAGGCGAUCCAGACGGAUACAGACGCAGGAUGACUUUGGAAAAUUAGGGAAAAUGACCGACAAACGCAUUGACGACCGCAUGCGAGCCCGCAGAGCACAGAUUGCUGCGAGAACUAAAGCAAAGCUGGGGUCGAGAAGGGAAGAACUACUAUAUCAGCUGAUAUCCGAGACAAUAAAGAACCAUUUAGCCAACGAGAUCAGUGAAAGUAUGCCGGCAUCGGAGAGAUUGGGGCCAGCACACUUUUCCAAACUUCCCGAGCUGAUUGCUAGGGAGGUCCGUUCUGAUCCGGUGAAACUCGCCGGUUACUACAUGGCCACAUCCUUCCUGAUUCACAGGAAAAAGAUUGACCAGGAUCAACUUCCCGAGUCUGCGAAAGAGAUUCUGCAGCCGCUUCAGAAUCUUUUAAGAGAUAAGAACUAUCAGCCGUGUAAGCAUCCAGACCUCUCCUGCCACAGGAUGGAGUGCUUUGAGCAAUGGUACACCUUGUGCGCGGGCCAUUCAAAGAGGACAUUUAAGUCGUUUGCAACCAAGCACGAAAUAACGCAAAAGAAAACGCUCGGGUCGAAGUACACUGGGAAGGAAUAUGACGUAAACGAGCAGUUCAAACGUAAAUUUCAUGCGAACAUGAGACUAUUUAGCGCAAAGAAAGCGGACUAUGAGCUGUUAACUUGUUUGGUCAAGACUGUGGACAUAAUGUUUAGUAGUGACAGCGGAGGUGAGCAAACGAGAGAAACAUCAGUUGUCAACGCCAUGGAUGUGGAUGGGCAGAGCGAUUUAGAUGUUCAAAAGGUGGCAAAGCAGCGGGAACCACACACUACGGGCCGGGGUGGUCGCCACAUAACUGUUAGACCUCGCUAUCGACCACGAAGUCGGCCCAAGUAUCGGUCAGUCCCCGAGAAUGGAGGGGGCGGCAGUGGCAGCGAAAUGGUCACAGAGGUUGGAGAGGACAGCAGGCAACCCUGUGAAGCUCUCCCAACACGUGAUCAGCUUCUUGAGGAGAUUGCCACAUUGAAGGCCAAGAUCACGCAGUUGACAAGCAAUACAACGAUUGUUCAAAGCCAAAUACAGCAAAAUGAAUCACUCAAAGUGGGCAAAAAGAGCGUGGAACAUGAAGAGCCAGCCCCUCUUGAAACGGAAAGCCAAACCAUUAACCCUGGUGGAGCUCAACUGGCCACGGUUAUCGCCGAUUUGCUGCCGUGUAUCUUUGUUGAUAUUAGAGAGAAGUAUGAGCUAGCCAGCAAAACCGACGAGGUUCAAAAAGCUCUGAAAAACCAGAUUCACAGGAGAAAGGUGGAGUACCAGAUGCGCGCAAUCGAUGGCGGAGCUGGUAUCUACGAGAAGUACUGCCGGUUUUAUGAUAGUCUGCCGCCUUUGGAAUCUUAUCUGGAACACGAGCAUGAAAGGACAUUGCAGGGAGUGACAAUUGUCAUGCAGCAGUUCUUCCGCUCGUUGAAUGGAGAGGUGGCGGACGCCGACAAAAUGAAGUCUGGGCUGGAAUAUGCCGGGCUUAGUGGCGACAUCAUGUUAGAAAAAGAAAUGGAAACCUUCUUCUCUGUGGAGUAUCGCAGUGUGGCAAGCAAGAACACGAAUGGUUCUCCAAUGUACCUCCAAGCCUUCAAAGAGAUUUUGCCGUUGAUGCAAUCCUUAUGGAAGAACACCGAGAAGGGGCGGAUUGACCUUGAGAAGAAGACCAAAGAAUGCUCCACGUUGGAGGAGGAGCUGAAUAAAUCCAAGAACCAAAUAGAGCAGAUGAAGGAUUCGCAGAAGAAAGAGCACAGAGGGCAAAGCAAACAUCCGCAGGGGCCGCAGGUGGAGUUGCAAGUUCUAAAACCAAAUGCCGACAACAAGGGGAGCGUUGAGUCGUACGACGUUAUGAAGGAUUCGCAGAAGAAAGAGAACAGACGGCAAAGCGAACAUCCGCAGGGGUCGCAGGUGGAGUUGCAAGUUGUAAAACCAAAUGCCGAUAACAAGGGGAGCGUUGAGUUGUACGACGUCGAAAAACCAUCUUUGCUACUACUGAGAGAUUAUCUGGAACUAGACUUGCCUGGCGAAGAAAGAAGUAAAAAUGCAGACCAAGACAUGAAGGACAGCUUGAGAGGACUAGCCAGUCUCAGUGUCUUGUCUAAGUUACACCAAUUGAAGUGCCGGCCUGGAUGCCCAAAUUUCGAGAAGUUCGCCAAGUUUGCGGUGGGAGGAGGGAACGAACUGGAGCCUAUCUAUUUUGAGAGUUGUAACGAAGCGUUCCGAAACAUCCUACCUGUAGAAGUCUCGAGAGGCAAGGGAGCAAUCGCACGCGGUUUGGAAACUGUAGCUGGGCUGCAGGAAACCGAGAGAGUAGUUUCAUUACACAAGAAGCAAACAAAGAUGUUGACAGACGAGAAAACGGACCUGAACGAACGCUAUGUCGCACUGGAGAAGAAAUCUGAGCUAGCCGAGAAGGAGUUCAAGUCAACAUUAUGUUCUGCAGGAUUGCUGCUAGGGUCGUCGUUGAAAACGGAACCAGCGGGCGCAGAAUUCAAACUGGAAGAAUCAUUUUUGAAGGGAGGGAAGCGAGCUGACCGAAACGUAAUCAGAUGUUUACACACCUUGUUAAGCCCGUCGUGUCCAUGUGGCCGAGAUGACAAUUACUGGUCUACUUUAGACGCAAGAACUUAUGAUCAAGGGAAUUUUGCACAAUGCAGCAAGCAAUUCCAGGCCUCACUUCCCAAGACAAUUGAGGAUGCAAUCCGCCCUGAAGACGCGGCUUGGUACAACAUGCUUUCUGCGAUGACAGGAGCCGCAGAGCUCAAAAAGAAACUUCAACACAUGGAAAGCGAACUCCAACGCGCAAGAACGAGACAGAAAGAGGAUCAUGGGGCCGAGGUGAAGAAAGCCACACGCAGAGCAUCCCUUGGUGUGAUAUGGUCAAUUGAGAAGCAUCUGUCGCUCACCCUCAAAGGGGACAAUGAUGCAAAAGUCACCGAGAAUCUGGACAAUAUAUUCUCGUGGGUAAGAGGUCAGGAUGGAAACAUUACAGAUGGGGGUAUUCCGCUACCCGUAGAGUUUGAUAGCCUUUCAAAUUCAGAGGCACCCGACAAGCUGCUUCGCCAGUUAGUGCAGGUACGGACCUUGAGGGUCUCACAAAACCAAUCACAGGAGGAAAAGAAGAACCUGAUUCGGGCCUGGGAAGCCUGCUUCAAUGAAAGGUAUCCAAAAAAGCAUACCUGGACUUUAUCGGAGAUCAGAGUUUACAUAACGGACCACAAAACGGAAAUCGCUUCUUCAGAGUUUAAGAGUGUGCAACCCUCCGCGACCAAAUCUAUCGAGACUCGUGCCCCUGAGUCCAAGGAUUCCGAGUCCAAAAACUCGCAAACCUCAGCAAACACAGUCGCACAGGAUGUGCACCUGAAAAACUUGGAACAAUUACGGGGGAAUUACGACGAAGCCGUCAAACAAAUAGCAGUCGCCCAGGAGCAGCUGAAGCAAGCAACCGAAGUGGGCGAUACAUGCCACUUGCUCCUUCAUGCGUUGUCCAAGUACCUAGAUGGAUCCCUGACGCAGACGAAAGACAUCACAAAGCAUCUCCCGAGGGAGCUUUUGGCUAGCGAAGAUCAUAUGGACGAGCUGCAUCGCAUCUUGUCCAAUUGGUCUGGGAAAGGCAUUCUGAAAAUCAAGCAAUGCGCCGACACCAACUGCAAAGCCUCCUACUUGCACGGUUUGACCCCAUCUGUCCCCACCGGCAAAGAUAACAGCACGACCUUGCUUUCAGUGGCGGAAAACCGCAAAGAUAUCACGGUAUUCUUCUCAGUUUUGAAGAUUUGGAAAGAAGUCACAUUAUUUAAGAGUGGUCUCGAGGCCAAGCUGACCAAGGAAAGUGAUGCUGCAAAGGAACGGGAGACGAGGUUAGUCUUUGCCAGCCGCCUCUUGCUACGGAGAUGGCGGUCAAUGAAGGAUGAGCGCAAGAAGCAGCAGUUAGAGAAACGGGCAAUCCGGGCUGAUGCUCUGGUGGAGGAGGAACUUGCAAUAUCGACCAGUGGACGUCGCAAUGACCAACCUCAAGUACAGGAAGAGCCACCUGGCAAGGAUGCCAACGGAUCCGGCAAACAACCUCCCAUCGGAGGACCGGGCAUGGUACAGCAAAUCCUCAACAAAGUAGAACGCCUAAUAGAAAAUGCACAGUCGGCAACAUGGGUGAGGAUGGACCUAAAAGCGCAAAACAUGGCAUCCACGUGGCUUUAUAUUUUAACAAUGAAUAAGAUGACGAUUGAGAAAUGGAAACAGAACUCUGUUUAUAUUUUAACAAUGAAUAAGACGACGAUUAAGAAAUGGAAACAGAACUCUAAAGAUGACGAUGAACAAAGGCAAGUUCGCGAGCAAGCGAGAAAUGGAGGUUUGGGCCCCGGCAUAGUGUUUGACUGCGUGACAAACGCGACGAACGGUGUAUGGAAGAAGUGGGAUGAAGAAGACCGCAAGAACGGCGGCUUGUGUAGUGCAGACGGACCGGUUGAGCAGAAAAUGCGACGGUUCUUGGCUAUACAUCUGGGCUGGCAGAUGGAGCUUGCAAAUGAAAAUCCUGAAAAUGAAAUGGAAGCCACAAUUCUUAAUUCAGCCGGGGGGAUCAUGUGA